AUGGAGACUUCGACGCUGCAGCAGCCGCGCCCUGACUCACAGCUGGGUCACGGCCCAGCCCGCCGCGCGUCGUCUCGGGUGAGCUCCAGUUCGUCAGCCUCCGGCGCAGCUGCUGAGGCUCAGAUCACAGCGCGCAAGAAAGCUCUGUAUGUGAAACAGUUGGAGAGACGACUGGAGAUAAAGCGCCAACAUGAUGAGUUGAAGAGGCAGACGCUACAAGGGUUAUGGCGUCUGGAGAGGGAGCUGAGAAGACUGGAUGAUGAAAUAAGUAUACAGCGCGGACUACAGCAAAUCACAGAGGUGAGCUGCAGUUCGUCUGUCUCCCGCGCCGCUGCUGAGGCUCGGCUCACAGCGUAUAUGAAAGCUCUGACUGUGAAGCAGUUGGAGAAACGACUGGAGAUAGAGAAUCAAGAAGCGGAGUUGAAGCGUCAGGAAGAUGAAAUGAAAAGACAAAUUGAACUACAAAUCGCCAAAGACGAAGCGGAACAAGCUGCGCUGGAGGCACAAUGGCGACAGCAGAUGAAUGAUCGUCGAAACGCCGGCAGAAGGGACGACUUCAUGAAAGCUGAACGGGAGGGACAGCGAACGGUAAUGACGAGACUCCCGCAACCUCUGCUAUCACCCCACCGCCCUCUCCAAGCUAGCCCCGUCCCAUCUAGCCCUCAGAUAAGCAGACCAUCUUGGAUCGACGAGUUACCCAAAGAUAAGAUACCGGCGUCAGAAAGUGUCCAGAAGUUGAAAGUUACGGACAGCCAGAAAGUGACAACCAGAUGGAUCUCCAUCGCUACUGCCCAGGUACUUGGCAUCUCAUUCGACAACCAGCUACCCGCUGGGCCAGACCUGCUGAGCUCGGAAAAAGAACUCGCUAGCAACAAGAACCUGAAAGAGGUGACUCAAGAAUCCUGCUCGAAAGAAGGACGCCUCCGAAAAGUGAACCCAGGUGAAACAGCUGAGGCAGCAAAAUCCCUGCAGCAUCCCUCAGCCAGAAAACCGAGCGAAGACCCGGAAAUCCAGGUGAUCUCCGACUCCGACGCUGCUGCCCAGGUGCUUGGCGCCUCGUGCAACAAUCGACCACUCGCUGAGUCAGACAUGCGGAAAGGAGCUCUGGGUGCUGUCUGGGACGAAGAGCGAGACUCGCCGAGUGCCCAGUUCCGAGACAGUAAGAAGCAGACGACCAGACGAGGAGCGCUCAGGAGAACUGCGGUUAUCUUCGACCCCGUGAGGAUCGCCGCUCCGUAUCGGAUCACGGUGCAGAUCCUCAAGGAGAAACUCUGGAUGCUACGACACAUCCGGAGCCGAUGGAAGAAAGAAAAAAAUCCAAAAACCUGGCACAUCGAAAGGACUCUGGUCCCUGCCGGCCAUUAG